AUGACAGAACCCAUUGACACUAUUCUUCAAGUGCUCCACACCAGCUUCCAUGUGGUGAUUCCAGUUCUAAUUUCUGGAUUUGCUUUUUCUCAAUGCGGAAAGAAGCCAGCAGCUGCACCAGCAGGCGGAGCUGCAGUUCCAAAAGCAGGCGGAGAAUCGAAAAGUUCUAAAGAAGGAGAUAAACCGGUUGGAGGAGAAGGGCCGAAAGCACCAGCUGAUAAGGAUGCAGUCGCUGGAACUCAUGAUCCGAACUAUCAAACAUUAGCCGGAGUCGACGGAAAUGUAUUCCAAGAGAAGGGGAAACCAGCUGCUGGGGGAGCAACUCCAACACCUAAACCUGGAGGACCAGGAAUGGCGGCAACUCAUGACCCAAAUUAUCAGACUUUGGCUGGAAUCGGGAAUGAUUGUUUCGAUAAAAAGAAAUAA